AUGCUUUCCCUGCGGCUUCAAGCGUUCUCCGACGCGUCGAACCUGGACAUGAUUUUUGAUACACAAACAAAUCCUUCUCUGUUCCCAUCUACCGAAUGUCGGAUGCAAUCGCUUGAUGGGCUGAUGAAACAAGAAUCGCCUCCUUCAGAUAGGAAGAAUGCAUCUCCUUCGAAGAGGCCUGCUGGGGAUAACAGAGCACCUCAGAAGAAGAGUCGCUCUACUCGAACAUCGGAAAAGAAAGCUGAAGCAGACAGGGACUGUGGUCAGGAUGAAGAAAGUAACGACGUCAACGGAUGUGUCGAGUCAUUUGCGUGUCCCUUUUACAGAAGGCACCCAGAACGUUAUUUUAAUUGUAUCAGCCUCAAAAUGCCUCGCAUAUCAGAUGUCAAGCAGCACCUAAAGAGGCGCCACACGUCGAACUACUUUUGUCCGAGAUGUUUUAAGGGAUUUUCAGCGCUAAAACCCUUCCAAGAACAUGUUCUGCAACAGGAUUGCUCAAUGGACCUCUCAGAAAUCACUGACGGCGUCUCACUCACUACGCAAGAUGCCCUUAAAGUCCGUUUCGAGAGGGGUUUGUCACCGAGAGGUCAAUGGCACAAGAUAUGGAAGAUAUUGUUCGGAGAUAUCGAUGAUGACCAGAAGCCCUAUCAUGAAGGCGUUUUCAAAGAGAUUACAGGAAUAAUACGGGGUAUUUGGACAGAAGAGGGGCAGCAUAUCAUUUCCAACGUGCAGAAAACUAGGGAUAUACCAGAGGAUUGCGCUGAUCAGCUAUGCCCGGUAGUAUUGGAACUACUGGCUCGAGUAGAGACUCGAUUCGAACAAAAGGUUUUGGAAGGGAACUCAAAGGAGCACUCUAACAAUGUCGGAAAUACCUUGGAGAAACCCACAGUUGAUACAAAAUUAGGGCCUACUUACGGUCCGUCUCCAGGUAUUCAGACCAAUAUUGCUCCUCACGAUACUACAUUGUCAUCUUCUUAUUCAGGAAUGGCAUCUGCUUUUUCUGAAGGCUUCGGCUCAGUCAAGAGAAUGUGCGGUCUUUCUAUGCCCUAUGGAUCACAGGAUCAACAGGCUGAAAUACCAUAUCCCGAUUUCACUACAAGAGACUUGCCGUUCUCAAGCGAUGGAGAUAGUUGGUUAAAUAUCGAGCCACACAAUGAUAUUUUGAAGGACCUUUUUGAGCCGGUCUAUCUCGAAGGUGUGGGAGAUUGGACGAACGUCGUGGACCUUACGCAAGACGAUGAGAUACUGGGAAUGGAGGACUAG